CAGUUGUUGUUACAGUCCAUAGACUGUUCCAGAGGAGGGCAGUAAUGUGGAGGCUGUGUUUUGUUUAUUCAAAUACUUAACCCUAGUGGUCAGACACUGUUACUGAGCCUCUCCGUUUUGCUUGCAGCUUCAGCCAACUGCAGCCAAUUUAAAGCUACUUCUCAUUCGAUAAAUGCUAACAACGCUUCAAGCUAAUUCUGUGCUCAUACCUCUGAGAAAACCACGUUUUAGUGUUUUAUGAUGCGCUGAUUUGACUCAACGUUACGUCGUUCAUGCCUGCGACAGCAAAGUGUUCCUGAACGAAAGUAAGAGCCACUGACGCUGCAGACCCGAAGAUGACGUCCAAGAGAGUGAUCGAGUUGUUCUACGAUGUGGUUUCCCCGUACUCUUGGCUCGGCUUCGAGGUAAUGUGUCGCUACAGACACGUGUGGAAUAUAGAGCUCAAACUGCGUCCUGCGUUUCUGGGUGGCGUCAUGCAAGGAUCAGGCAACAAGCCCCCUGGUAUGGUUCCAAAUAAAUUCCUGUACAUGAGCAAGGAUCUGAACCGCUUGGCCGAGUAUUUUGAUGUUCCCUUGCAGACUCCAUCUGACCCCUUUGACGUCAUGUUCAAAAAAGGCUCCUUGACUGCAAUGCGUUUUGUAGCCGCAGUACAAGAGAUGGAGAAGGGUGGAGACAAGCAGGUGGAGCAGGUGUCCCGGGAGCUGUGGAGAAGGAUCUGGAGUGAGGACAAAGACAUCACUGAACCUGCAUCAUUAGCUGAGGCAGCGAUGAAAGCAGGAUUGUCUGACAGUGAGAUUAAAGAAGUGUUUGAGCUGUCCACCUCAAAAGAGAUCAAAGACAAGCUGAAAAGCACAACACAGGAUGCACUUGAUCAUGGGGCAUUUGGCUUCCCCCUGAUGGUGUGUCAUGUAAGUGGAAAGCCAGAGAUGUUUUUUGGAUCUGACCGAUUUGAGCUCAUGGCCCAUUGCAUUGGGGAGAAGUGGCUGGGACCUCAACCCGACAAAUCGGCUGCCAAACUGUGAAAGAAAAAGCUGCCCUGGGUGCUCACACAUUUUUGAAUUUGGCAUCUCAUGUUAAUGAUGUGUAAUGCUGAUAUUCCCUAGUUCUUCAAAUUUCAUUUUUUCUAUACUGUGCCUUCUGAAACCAAGCAGUAUAUGUUGCCAUUAUAACUUUAGAAAUAGUUGUGUAAAUAAUGUGACAGACUAUUGUACUGCUAAUUAUGUGUCUAAUUAAAAUGAACACUGACAACUUGCAUAUUAA